CUUCAUGAAAAGUCUCUCAUCCUCAUCUCAGCGCGCACAGAGUAUUAAUUCCUUCAAGUGACAACCUCAAAUCCUCAUACACCCACAAUGUCACCUCGGUUUACCAUGGACGACGACGCAGCGUCCCUCGUUUCCUCGCAAGAUUCAAUCACGGGAAUGGAGUUUGUUCAAAGAGCCAACCAAAUGAUGGCUGAUGUACUGAUUCCUUUCAUCUCCUUCUUCUUUCUGAACUGACAAGAUGAUUUCCAGACGAAAAAACGUCGUGAUGCAAAGCGUAACAAAAUUGAAAAUGAGCGUGCUCAGCGCAUCAAGGAUUUCAAGAAGAAGCUUGGUGUUUUGUAUGAAAAUAGGAAAACUCAGAGGUGUGUUUGAGCCUUGAUGCAUUGCUAUAUUGGGUUUCUAUUUACAUCUGGAUUUGCAUGGGACAUGUCUUCUCGGUUGUACUUUCUAACUCUCGUUUUGGUUUCAUACGCAGACCUCUUGUACCUGUCAUUAACCAUGAUUUAGAUGUAAAAUCCAAAAGGCUCAAUGGAAACAACUCUCCAUCCUUAACACGAAACGCCAGGAGCUGGAGCGUCAAAUUCUUGACAGCAUGGCGGUCAUUGAGGGCAGCACUUUGAUCAUGGUUCGAGAAUUGGACGCUGUUCUCCUUGGUCGUUUGAAUGCUAUGAAGAGCCUCGCCAACGACAAGCCUGCUGCUUGAAGAUGUGUGCGUGUUGUGCUCUAACUUCUUGAGGGUACUUGCUGAUAUUCUCAUAGGAGAAAGUCUUCAUAUAACAUUCAAACAUUGCUAUCCAUUAUUGCUAUACACAUACUCACUUAUAGGACAUAUACUUAUUCAAGGCGUUGGCCAUAUGGAGAUGGAGGACUGGUUCAGGAAACUGGUCGGAAGAUACCAUAG